GUGUUAAAUACUGGAAGGAACAAUGGGGACUUACGACAGUGAUAUCGGCGGUGAGCCAGGAUUUCGAAGGAAAAAAAUUCAGUCUGGAGGCGAGGUACACUGGAAAAUCAUGUACAAGGGGCUGUCGACAUUGUGGGGGGCUGGAGUGGUCUAUACCUGGCUCGCUGUUAUCAAUAUUGCUGAGGGGUCACCAGCAGCCGUGUCCCGAGACCCAGACCCCCGGGGGGGCUCAGUAAACCAAGAAACCCUGCGACAAGUGACAAUUCUGAUGCGACAUGGGGAGAGGGCACCUGUGGAUACUUAUCCUAAGGAUCCUUAUAUUAAUGACUCUAUGGCACCGUAUGGAUGGGGUCAAUUGACGAACAAAGGUAGAGUAAAUGUAUACAACACCGGCGCAUAUCUGCGUCACCGUUACGAUCACUUCCUGGGUGAAUCGUACAGUCCAAAUAAAUUCUGGCUGCAGAGUACCUCGUCAGAUCGUACAAAAAUGACAGCUAUGAUUCUGUCGUCUUCCCUCUGGAAGCCCUCGGACAAGCAGACGUUCAAGGCUGAGAUCCCCUGGCAGCCAGUGGUACUGCACUACUGGACGAGAGUUGACGACCAGUUAUUAAUCAUCUGGAACGCCUGCCCGAAAUUCACGAUGGAACGAUUGCGAAUGGAUAAUCACAGAGAGGUGAAGGAAUUCAAUGAAGAGAACAGAGGAAUGUACGAGGAAAUCGAGAUGUUCACUGGAAAAUCGAUCAAAACAGCUGAAGAUCUUGCUGAUGUUUACGGUACAUUACAUGCUGAGGCACAAAUGGCGAAUCUAUUGCUCCCCUCAUGGGUAAAACGCUAUUUCCCAGACAAAAUGUUGCCCUCUGUCAUCAUGAGCUACAGAAUGAACGUCUUCACCGAGGAAUUGAGAAAAUUAUCAGGCGGACCUUUCGUGAAAAAAGCCUUAAGAAAAAUGCAAGAGAGAAGCAAUGGAACGCUGACCCCAGCAGAUAGAAAAAUGUUCGCUUAUGUGGCUCAUGACAGCACUCUAGUCAAUGUCCUGAGUGCUCUGGGACUCUGGGAUGGAGAGCCACCAGGAUAUUCAUCCAUGGUCAUCAUCGAAUUGCACGAGGAAAAUGGAAGAUGGAAUGUGCAGAUAUUCCAGAGGAAUGCACCGGACUACGAGACCCAGCCCCUGAAGAUGAAAAAUUGUGAUAUCGCCUGUCCACUGGAGAAAUUCGCCAAGAUAGUGGAGAGAGUCCUUCCGGGAGAUUAUUCCGAGGACUGCCGAGUACCUGACCCUAACUACGUAAUCCCCCCACCCCCACCAGCUUAACUAAACCAAAGAAACCUCAUAAUAAAUCUAAUAACCAAAGUUAAGUGAAUAAUAACGAAAAAAUUGACGAAAAUAACGAAACUAAGUGGAAGAGUAAUUAAAUUAUUAAUGAAAAAAUAUGUAAGAUUUAUCAUUAAAUAAAGUAUUUUUAUGUCAAAAAA